GAGCAUUUAGUAAUUAUGAAAAUAUGGGGACUAUUUCAGAAGCAGUCGAAUGCUAUGGAGUAUAAGAAGACAGAUGCUCCUCAACCAGAUGUCAAGGAGGAGGAAGAAGAAAAGGAAGAGGAAAAGGACAAAGGGGAUGAAGAUGAGGAAGGUGAAGAGAAGCUUGAAGAGAAACAAAAAAGUGAUGCUGAAGAGGAUGGUGGCACUGUCAGUCAAGAGGAGGAAGAUAGAAAACCUAAAGCAGAGGUAAAAGUUGGGUGGUGUGGUUCAGGUUGUAGAAACCAGCCAAUGAGUAAAAGUGAGUGACAGACACAGAGUUCU